UUCCUCUUCCUAUAAAAUCCGUCGAGUUCACGCUGUGCUCGACGUUCACCAGCACCAUCACCGCACGAUACUGAGGAAAAAACGUCCGAUUAUUUAAUUUUUAAUUUAUCAUUUCAGAGUACAAUAUGCCUGGAUAUUCAGAUAGAGACCGCGGUCGCGACAGAGGUUACAGCAGUGGACCACCACGCUUUGGAGGCAGUAGAGGUGGACCUCCUCCUGGCAAGAAGUUUGGGAAUCCUGGUGACCGUCUGCAAAAACACUGGAACCUGGAUGAGCUCCCCAAGUUUGAGAAGAACUUCUACCAGGAGCAUCCAGAAGUUGCUCGGAGGUCAACUCAAGAUGUUGAACACUACAGGAGAAGUAAAGAGAUCACGGUGAAGGGUCGAGACUGUCCCAAACCCAUUGUGAAGUUCCAUGAAGCAAACUUUCCAAAUUAUGUGAUGGACGUGAUCGGUAAACAGAACUGGACUGAUCCGACUCCCAUCCAAGCUCAGGGGUGGCCCGUCGCACUGAGUGGCAAAGAUAUGGUUGGCAUUGCACAGACUGGCUCUGGAAAAACUCUCUCGUAUCUGCUUCCUGCUAUUGUUCACAUAAACCACCAACCAUUCCUGGAGCGUGGCGACGGUCCCAUUUGCUUGGUGCUGGCUCCCACCCGUGAAUUGGCACAGCAGGUCCAGCAGGUGGCAGCAGAGUAUGGCAAAGCUUCUCGUCUCAAGUCCACCUGCAUCUACGGAGGUGCUCCCAAAGGACCACAGAUCCGGGACCUGGAAAGGGGUGUUGAGAUUUGUAUUGCCACACCUGGAAGACUAAUCGAUUUCCUUGAAGCUGGAAAGACAAAUCUGCGCAGGUGCACGUAUCUGGUGCUCGACGAAGCUGACAGGAUGCUUGACAUGGGAUUUGAACCUCAAAUUCGAAAAAUUGUGGACCAAAUUAGACCAGACCGACAGACUCUCAUGUGGAGCGCAACGUGGCCCAAAGAGGUGAGGCAGCUGGCUGAGGACUUCCUGAAGGACUAUGUACAGAUCAACGUCGGUGCUCUGCAGCUCAGCGCCAACCACAACAUCUUACAGAUAGUUGACGUUUGCAACGACGGCGAAAAGGAAGACAAACUAAUGCGCCUGCUGGAGGAAAUCAUGAGUGAGAAGGAGAACAAGACCAUUAUUUUUGUGGAGACCAAGAAAAGGUGUGACGAUCUCACCAGGAGGAUGCGCAGGGAUGGGUGGCCAGCGAUGGGCAUCCAUGGAGAUAAGAGCCAGCAAGAAAGAGAGACUGGGUGCUCAAUGGUAUGUUCUCGCCCAAGUCUUGCGUCAUGGAUGCCAUUUUGGGUAAUUUGCACAAUUUGACUCUCUCUAUCCUCCUUCAACAGAAUUCAAAUCGGCAAAGCGCCCAUCCUCAUUGCCACAGAUGUUGCCUCCAGAGGACUAGAUGUGGAAGACGUCAAAUUUGUCAUUAACUAUGACUACCCCAACAAUUCCGAGGACUACAUUCACCGCAUUGGCCGUACGGCUCGCAGUCAGAAAACCGGCACAGCCUACACUUUCUUUACGCCCAACAACAUGAAACAGGCUCACGACCUCGUCUCGGUCCUCCGUGAGGCCAACCAAGCCAUAAACCCCAAGCUCAUCCAAAUGGCCGAAGACAGAGGAGGUCGUUCAAGGGGAGGUCGAGGUGGAGGGUAUAGGGACGACCGUCGGGACCGCCACUCUGGCGGCAGACGGGACUUCAACAGCUACGGCCAGGAUAACCGUAACGGUGACUCAUAUGGGCAGAAGAAAGUGUUUGGAAACAAAACUCAAAAUGGAUCUAGCGGUUACAAUAGCAGCAGCAGCAGUAGCAGCUUUAGCGGGGGUUACAGCAAUAACGGACAGGGUAACCUCGGCAAUCAGUCUGGUGGGUACGGAAACCAAGGCUAUCAGAACCAGCAGUUUGCUCCCAACCAAGGGGCUGUCCAGAACGGCAUGAACCACCCUCCACCGUUCCCCUUCAACCCCCAACAGAUGCCACAGUCCAUGCCGUUCCCCAUGGCUCCACCUGCGUUCCCUCAGUAAAGUUUUGUUUGCUAAUCUGAAUCUUUAACUGUUCCGUUCAUGUAACUUUAUUUCUUCAGAGCAGGUUGUAAAAUGUACAUGCCGUCACAAGCGUCCCAGAGUCUGCUGUGCAGGAUUUUUUUUUUUCCUCCUCCUCCCUUUUCGUUAGAUGCAUUUUUUUUAUUUUUUUUUUUUUUUAAGUAACUUAAACUUAUUUUGUACUGUAGAGGUAAUGAAGGAUCAACACUUGUAAAAAUGUCAAGGGCCACUCAUGGCCAUUGCAUGGUCCUCAAAUAAAAUAUUAAAAGUG